GACGUGCGGGCUACAAGUGGCGACGCUUCGGUAUCGAUCCGCUCGCCACCGGGGGCGUCGGCUGCAGUGCGCGUGCGCGUCUACAUGUUUAAAGGGAGCUCGGGGCAGUAAGCGACGGAGAGCCGUGCGGUUCAGUCGGUCUGCGCCUCUGCACGGACACAACCGGGCCCUCUCUCCUCUCCUCUCCUCUGCUUCUCUCUCUCUCCCCUCUCCGUCCGAACAAUGUCGCAGUCGGUCCUCGACGCCAUGGCCGCGGCCGCGACGGGCACUGUGACCGUCACGGACCCGCUGAACUUCUGGGGCGGCGAGCGGGUGAAGCCCGCGCAGCAGAGCGACGCGGAGCCCGUGUUCGAACCCGCGACCGGUCGUGUCUUGUGUCAGAUGGUGCCCUGCGGGGCCGAGGAGGUGGACGAGGCCAUAAAGAGCGCCCACGCCGCCUACCUGAAGUGGAGCAAGAUGUCGGGCAUGGAGAGGGCCAGGGUGAUGCUGGAGGCCGCCCGCAUUAUCAGGGAAAGGAGGGAGAACAUCGCAAAGCUGGAAGUGAUCAACAAUGGCAAGUCCAUCACUGAAGCACUGGUGGAUAUUGACAUUGCCUGGCAGUGCAUUGAAUACUAUGCCGGUCUGGCUGGAACACUUGCAGGCCAGCACGUCCAGCUUCCCGGGGGAGCGUUUGCUUACACCAGGAGGGAGCCGCUCGGCGUGUGCGUGGGGAUCGGUGCGUGGAACUACCCCUUCCAGAUCGCAUCGUGGAAGUCUGCUCCUGCUCUGGCAUGCGGUAAUGCCAUGGUGUUUAAGCCCUCUCCGAUGACUCCCGUGACGGCCGUCAUUCUGGCCGAGAUCUACAAGGAGGCAGGGGUACCCGACGGGCUCUUCUGUGUGGUACAAGGCGGAGCGGAGACCGGCACCUUGCUCUGCCACCAUCCGAUGGUCGCCAAGGUCUCCUUCACCGGCAGCGUGCCGACAGGCAAGAAGGUUAUGGAGAUGUCCUCGAAGGGGGUGAAGCAGGUGACUCUGGAGCUGGGAGGCAAAUCUCCCCUCAUCAUUUUCAAAGACUGCGAGCUGGAGAACGCAGUGAAGGGAGCACUCAUGGCAAACUUCCUUACACAGGGACAGGUUUGCUGCAACGGGACCAGGGUGUAUGUACAGAGAGAGAUCAUGCCCCAGUUCCUGGCUGAGGUGGUGAAGAGGACCAAGGCCAUCCCCGUGGGCGACCCCCUGCUGGACGGCACUCGAAUGGGAGCGCUGAUCAGCAAGCCGCAACUGGAGAAAGUGCUGGGGUUCGUCAAUCAGGCCAAGAAGCAGGGAGCCAAGGUGCUUUGUGGAGGAGAGCCAAUUGUCCCCAGUGACCCCAAACUAAAAGGGGGCUACUUCAUGUCGCCCUGUGUACUUGACAACUGCAGAGAUGACAUGACCUGCGUGAAGGAGGAGAUCUUCGGGCCCGUCAUGUCGGUCAUGCCGUUCGACACAGAGGAAGAAGUUCUCCGGCGGGCCAACGACAGCACCUUCGGACUGGCCUCCGGCGUCUUCACCAGGGACAUCUCUCGAGCCCACCGCGUGGCUGCGAACCUGGAGGCCGGAACCUGCUUCAUUAACAACUACAACAUCAGCCCAGUGGAAGUGCCGUUUGGUGGAUACAAGAUGUCAGGCUUUGGCAGAGAGAACGGCCAGGUGACAAUCGAGUAUUACUCCCAGCUGAAGACCGUGGUGGUGGAAAUGGGCGACGUCGAGAGCCUCUUCUGAACUCCUGACCGCUGUGACUAACACUCCUCACUUCUCCCUUUGGUCACUGAAGGGACGAGUGAGUGCUCAUCUCCAGAUCUGUACAUGUACUUGCAGUAUUCUACUUUGCACAACCUAUGAUGGCAUUUCUGCUGUGCACUUGGAGAGAAAUGUCAGUGUGAAACAAACAUGUACCUCUUACCUGGUCUUAAUUCAUUCAUUUUUUUUUAACCCACCAAGUGACCCUGAUUUCGCCUUGAGCCAAUAAAUGAACACAGUUCCUGGUGUCAAACUAUUGGACUAUUAUAUAACAACACAUGCUGAGGUGUAUGUAGGACUAGAACCAAGUGCCUUAAUAAGAAAUUCCUUGUGCAGUGAAUUGUGAAUCAGCGUUAGAAGAGAACAACUUAGAUUUUCUACUAUUUCUUUGCUAAACUAAACACUACUAGUCAGCUGCUGCCUUUGAAUCAGAAUAAUAAAUGUUUUGCAUACCAA